UGCAAGUCUUUUUUAGGAUUCAAGGGCUGCUGACUUUCAAGGAAUAAGAUUUCUGGUUAUGUACACAAAAGUUCAUUAAUUGUGCUUCAUCACAUUUGAUGGGCUCCUUUAGCUGAAAAAUUUCCUUAGCUCUCUCAAACAAUUUCGAUUAAUUAGCACAGGGUGAAUUGGCCAUCCUCACAUCACAGAUCAAGUAAGAUGACUUCAUGUUUUCCCCGAAGGGACGAUAAUGGUUUCGAGAAUGGUGCAAUGUUACUAAAACAGUUGAUUGCCACUUUUAAUGGCAAAUGUAAUCCUAUUCGUAAUUUCUCCGAGACGGAGCUCAGGAAAGCAACAACUAAUUAUGACGAUCAGAGAUCAAUUCUAACAAAAACAAUUUCUUAUAAAUUGUACGAUGGCUUUCUACAAGAUCGUCAGAUUUCUGUUAUGAAGUUUCAACCCAUUAUCUUCCUACAAGAAGAAGAAGAAAUCAAACAGGCCAUCAAUAACAUUAUAUUUGCGACACAAAUGAAACAUAAGAAUUUUUUGAAGUUGAUUGGAUGUUGUUUAGAAACUCGAAUUCCCAUUCUAGUUUUUGAAUCCGUUGGAUGUACGACACUUUUUGACCGUAUUUUGGGUCAAUCUCAACCCCAUCUUGGACCUUUAUUGUUGAAACUCAGGUUAAAGAUUGCAAUGGAGAUAGCUAAUGCACUUGCAUAUCUUCACCUUAGAUUCCCUAGACCUAUUGUUUUUCUAGGCCUCUCACCAAGGAACAUUUUACUAGAUGAGCAAUAUGUUGCAAAACUAUUUGAUUUUUCAGUAUCUGAGUUUAUUCCAGAGGGUGAAACUCACGUGGAAAGCCCUUUGCCGACAAGAGGAGGGCGUGAAUAUGUUCCACCUGAGUGUUUACUUGCAAGGGCUUGCAAUAAGAAGACUUGCAAUGAGAAGGUUGAUGUCUAUGGCUUUGGUGCAUCGCUGUUUAUGCUUUUGAGUGGACAGAGUGUAAAUAACUUUCUCAAGAAUGAAGAUUUUCAGAUGGAGAAUAUUGGACCUGAUAAUCUAAAUGAAAUAAUAGAUCCGACAAUUGUUGGAGAGGGAAUAUGUUCGGUAAAAGAACAACAAUUGCUAGCUCUUGCAAGGCUUGUGUCACAAUGUUACUCUAUUGAAGCAGAAGAUAGGCCAAAUAUGAUAGAUGUGGCAAAGCAACUCAGACAAAUGUAUAAGUCUAGUUAGCAAGUCAUCAGUUUAUGUAUUAAGGAUUCUGCUUUCCUUGUUUAUAGAUGUAUAUAUAAUUCAUGCUUUCAUUUCCAUGGCAGUGGUUGAAAACCUUCAAAUAAACUAUUUAUUAAGCUUUUGAGUGGAAGUAGAUUUUGUCCAUGCUUUUGUA